AAAGGUAGAAGUCAUGUCCAGGUCCAGCCCAACGAGGAGAACCAUCUGACAAAGUCCAACUUAUCGCCACGAAGAGAGCUUGUAAGCCCACUGGGCCCAAGCCGCCUCCAGAACAACACCAAUUCACCACCGAUGCAGAGGCUCUCGCAGGUCGCGCUCCGCCGCCUCCUGUCGCCGCCGUCGGCCGCGGCAGCCGCUCGCCGGGCAGCGCCGGCGGCCGCGGAGGCAUGUUUCAGCGGAGCAGUACCUAUCCUACGCCGCGCCGGUGGCGCCGAGGUCGCGGCGGGCGGUUGGAGUGGCGGAUCUGGGAUCCUCUUGUGCCGCAGGCUCUGCACCUACAACGAGAGAGAUGACAGGGCACUUGAGGAGGAAGUUGAGAAGAAAUUUGGAUGGAUAUUAAAGAUAUUCUUCAUAGGGACUGCUGGCCUUGUUGGUUGGCAAUUCUUUCCCUACAUGGGGGAUAACCUACUACAGCAAUCCAUUACGCUUUUACAUGUCAAAGAUCCCUUGUUCAAGCGGAUGGGGGCUUCCAGAUUAGCUCGUUUUGCCGUUGAUGAUGAAAGGAGAAUGAAGGUGGUAGAGAUGGGUGGAGCUCAAGAAAUUCUCAAUGUGUUAGAAGGUGCUAAAGAUGAUAAAACACGCAAAGAAGCUCUGAAAGCUCUCGUGGCACUUGCAAAGUCGGAUAAAGCUGCGGGGUUUUUGGACAAGGCAGGUGCCUACGCCAUCGUCGCCUCCACUCCAAAUUCCCCCGAAUAUGCCGAGAUCGAGGCCUGCAAGGCUAGCCUUCUCAAGACGUUUGAUCAACUGAAGUCGUGAUGGUAAAUGCCCGGGUGGGUUUAUCUGCAUGUUUUCUCCAAACUGAAGUCGUGACUGGGCCAUUAUUUUGAUUGAAACAAGAAAACAAGCUCGGUGCACCAUUUUCUCUUCCUGGGGGCUCCGAUUUGCGACACCCCGGGCUUGUUGCUGGCGCGAGACAUUUUGUUCCAAGCACUCAACUUUGGGGUACCUUCUUUGUACUAUGAUACUGGCAAUUGGUCUAUGCAGUUCUUUUUGGUGAUGGGAUUGAAAUCACUACUACAAUGUUCUCAUCAAACGUCUUUAAUAAGAAUAUACUAUAUGCUGGGCAUGAACCUUUUCGUUGUUUCAAACGUCUUUAAUAAAAAUAUACGAUCUUAAACUGGA